AGUAGUGGAACGGAUAAGCCCAACAAAAUAAAUUAAGAAAUAACCAAUUUCAAUGUGAAAAAGCAGAUCAUCUGGCCUCCGCGACUCAUUUUCUGCAGAAAAGAGGGAAAAAAGGUGCGAGAUCAGGGAGUGGGGAAUCAGCGGAUCUGGAACUGAAAGGGAGGGGCGUGGCAGUGGAUCUGCUCCAAAGCCGUUUCCGCUUUUCACCUCACUGGCCGCCGUCCGAUAUCGAUUUCCCCUUCCAAACCAGAAUUUUUCAUCGUCCCUGGUUGAAGCAUCAUGGCUUCCAAACGUAUUUUGAAGGAACUUAAGGAUUUGCAGAAAGAUCCACCUACUUCUUGCAGUGCAGGUCCUGUAGCUGAAGACAUGUUCCACUGGCAGGCAACAAUCAUGGGCCCAUCUGAUAGCCCAUAUGCUGGAGGCGUAUUUCUAGUUACUAUCCAUUUUCCUCCUGAUUAUCCAUUCAAGCCUCCAAAGGUUGCAUUCAGGACAAAGGUCUUUCACCCGAACAUAAAUAGUAAUGGAAGCAUUUGUCUUGAUAUCCUCAAAGAACAGUGGAGCCCUGCUCUUACCAUUUCUAAGGUACUGCUCUCCAUUUGCUCAUUGCUGACUGAUCCAAAUCCUGAUGACCCUCUUGUACCGGAGAUUGCCCAUAUGUAUAAGACUGAUCGAGCUAAGUAUGAAGCAACUGCACGCAGCUGGACACAGAAGUAUGCCAUGGGAUGAUAAAUAUUCAGAUACUGUAUAAAUGGGUUGUGUCUAUUUGUAGAAUGUGUUAAAUCCGUUUUAACUUUUGGACUUACUUAUUUGAGGGGGCCGUUUAGGGAAUGAACUUUUCCUCGGUGGAACUGAAACUAUAGUUUGAAGAUUGGCUGGAAAAUAACUGUAUGGUCAGGAUGUUUUGAUGUAGACAAUGUCUGUUGUUUUAAGCUAUUAUUUUCUCUGGUGUUAAA